GAUCCUCAGUUUGGUCGCAUACUGCGUACUGCAUACUAGCUUUAGGCAGAUUUAGUACGCGAGUAGUAUGUAGUAUGCCAUUCCGAAUACAGCCUAUGUCUGUAUGUUCUCCCUCGCGCGAUGGCGUCCGCUCCUCCUGGACAGCCUGCUGGCUCCAGCACACAGGUAAGAUAUAUUAGGUAACUUUAGUUAUAUUGAGCUGGUACUCUAGAAAAAUGCCAAGUUAAAGUCGUGUAUGUGAAAUAGCGAUAUGUAUUAAGGGAAAAGGCGUCUUGUGGCGGGGAAAGUUGCGAAUUAAAUUCAGGGCUAGCGUUAUCUAGCAUUAGCCUAGCAUUAGCCUAUGCUAGUAGCUACAUAGCUAACUAGUUGGGGUAAAUUUUACUCGUCAGUCGGGUUCAGCUCACUGUUCUGUAUUGUAAGUGUAUGGUCUUAGCUAUUUGUCUUCGUGAACAUCUGUGUUUUUGCCAGAAAGUCGACUAUAAUUCGACAGUGGCUGCAGCUGCGCAGAGCCUCAUAAAUGUGCUCACGCAGAACCUCUCUCAUGGACAGCAAGAGCAAGGAAGAAGGCAGGAACAGAGCCAGUCUACUGUAGAGCAAGAUAUGGCCAGGAACAACUGAAAAGGGAUUUUCUUCAGAGACUACUGACUAAAGUUUCUCAGGCCACACAAAGACUGCCCCUAGAUGUUGACUAUUUGCAGCUUGUAGUGAACCAGGAGAUGAUUAUUUUUAGAUCAUUGUCGAGCCAGAUGGAGAUGCCACAGGAUGUUAUCAGUGCUUUGACUGAGCUGUCGGCACUUGUUAACGAAGAGGAAAGGGAUUAUCCAACACCCAGUCACGUAUCAGUGUUUCAAGGGGAGAUGGGCCGUCCUAAAUAUCUUGUAUCUGCUGAACAACUAAAAGGCCUCUUAGAACUACAGCUACCAGUGUCACGCAUUGCAAAACAUCUGGGUGUAUCUGAGAGGACCGUGAAAAGACGCAUGCGUGAGCAGGACCUUUCUAUAAAGCAGCGGUAUAGUAACCUAACUGAUGAACAGCUGGACAGUUUGGUGAGGUCGGUGAAGGCCAGGACACCACAUGUAGGAUACCGAAUGAUGAAGGGAAUUCUGCAGGCCAUGGGCCACCGUGUACAAUGGAACAGAGUGUCUUCCUCUAUGCAUCGUGUGGACUCUGUUGGUGUACUCUCAAGAAUGACUAGGAUGGGAUGUGUUUCAAGAAGAACAUAUUCUGUUCAGGGUCCUCUGCACUUGGUACAUAUCGACACAAAUCAUAAGCAUAUCAGAUAUGGCCUUGUCAUUUUUGGAGGUGUUGAUGGCUUCUCAAGAAAGAUCAUGUACCUAGGUGCUGCAACCAAUAAUAAAGCAUCAACUGCACUUGCAUUUUUCUUGGAGGCAGUACAAAAGUAUGGCUUUCCGUUACGAGUAAGAGGGGACCAAGGAGUGGAAAAUGUUUGCAUAGCACGAUGCAUGUUCACUGUUAGGGGCUGUGGAAGGGGAAGUUUCCUGUCUGGAAAGAGUGUGCACAAUCAAAGAAUCGAGCGUUUGUGGCGAGAUGUUUGGAUGGCUGUUUCAAAUGUGUACUAUGAAGUUCUUCACAGCCUUGAGGAUGAAGGCAUUCUAGAUCCAUCCGAUAGCAUCCAUCUAUUCUGUGCCCAGCACGUGUUUCUUCCACAUCUGCAGAGGGAUCUUGACAUUUUCAGGGUGGGUUGGGAUAAUCACCCUUUAAGAACGGAGCAAAAUCUCUCCCCCCCCCAACAACUGUGGACUAUGGGACUCCUCCAAAACCCUGUUGAUGCUCCAGAACAUGUAGAGGAAAAUGAAGAUUUCAACAUUGCCAGCGAGAUGGAUGCGGUCAGCUCUGGAGUGAUUGUUCCACCUGUGGAGUGUCCCUUACAUGACAACGAUAUGGCAGGCUUAAGAACGACAAUUGAGGUUACUAGACAAUCAGAGUCCUAUGGUCGAGAUGUUUAUUUAGCUGUGUUGAACUAUGUUCUAAAUCAUGUACCUUAGUCCAACAUUGUCCUUCAGUGUGUUUACCCACACCAAAAAUGGACUUGGUUUAUGAAAUGGCAACAGUGAAGAUGAGGACUUUUCACCUGUAAAUAACAGAACUUUAAGAUUGCUAAAAUACAUGUUUUAUUAAAAGUUGUAACAAUUACUUCAUACAACAGUU